AUGCCAGCGGCACACGGGGCCCUAUCCGAUUUCGCUGAUGAGGCCUAUGAUCUCGUUGAGACUGUGAAGCGACUGAAAUUGAGCAGAGAGGCCUCUUCGAACGAUAUUGUCCGCUUCUUGGACACACUUGCUGACAACAAUCCCCUCGAGUACUUGGAUAUUACAGAGUGUACUCUCAAGGAGACUGACACAAGUACGCUCCUGCGACUUCUCUGGAACACAAAAGAGAGAUUCACUCUCGUCAUUAAUCCCUCUUGCCUGAAACAGAGUCUGUCAGAUAUUGAGUCUUUUGCCGAUCGUAAAUCUAGCCUUUCGAACUUCGAAGUUUCAAAGGCAAAAGAAGACACAAAUCGUAUGACCAUAAAGAUUUGGAGGAAACUCAGCUCCAGCAUUGCACGCCUUCAGCUACGUAUUCCAGCAGAAAACUUCGGUUACCUUUCCACACAUCUACCUGAUGCCGAUAUUGCCAAGAAUGCCAUCGAGGAGUAUCGCACCACUCCCGCCUUACACUUUCAGUUGUUAGACUCUGCCCUUGACCCGUCAGUCCUUGCAAAGGCGCAGAAGAGUGUCGAGAACAAACUCAAGGAGGCACUGCAGGUUGCUCUUAAGGAAACAGCGAAAAAUACUAUCGAAUCGAUCUUUAAUGAACUGAAGAUAACCCAUGGUAGGGAAUUCUGCAGUGUGCGUCCAAAAGAACAGGAACUGAACCAAAAAGUGGAUCCUAUUAUCCAAGCUGCAUGCGGUGCUUUGCAGGAGCAAGUCGGCGAAAUUGUCGAGCCCAUGAUUCUUAACGUCAACGCCAAGCUUGCUCAGCAAAUGUACACCUACAUCCUUGAGACCAUCACCGCGGAUGUUGAUCAAUGUCUGCUAAAGCUUCCAACACGAUCCAAACUUCUCUGUCGGUCAUCUACGAUAUCAGAUCCAUGCGAAUACGUGGGUUUGACUGCUUUGCUUGCCCCCGUUUCCUCCGUUUUUCGCUUGAGUUUCACUACAGUACUUAGCUGGCAGGUGCUUAUUUAUUGUGGGACAAAAGAGAAAGGGCUGACAUGGGUAGAUGUGACUCCUGAAUUGUGCUGCAAGGUUACCUACAAGACGGAAAUGGGGGGGAUCGUUAACAGAAACCGUCUAGAAGAUGAAACGGUGUGUUCUUAA